AGGAUGACCUGACUCAGUAAUAUGACAUCAGCGGAUACAUUUUGACAAAAUGUUGCGGGGUCUCUUCUUUUUGGCGGUGGUUCUUACGAUAAUUAUACCUGGCCGCUGCGCCCACCGACAUGGCCACGAUAUAUCCACUGAGGACCCCGAAUUAUCUGACACAUACCACGAUAACACCACUCACCAUGGAAAGGACCGCGCAGGAUGGUCGCAAUGGAGCGAAUGGUCACUCUGCUCCCGGACCUGUGACGGUGGCGUCUCUCGUCAGCUGCGGACGUGCUCCUCCCCCGUAGGUUGUAGGGGGGAGCCGGUGCGUUACAAGAUAUGUAAUAUGCAGCCCUGUCGCGCCAACGUGUCUCUACUAGAGGAGGACAUCUGGAGGGAACAGCAGUGCAGUGCCCACGACAGCACUCCGUAUGGUGGAGAGCUGUUCCACUGGCGAGCUCACAGAGAUGACGCUGAACCUUGCGCAUUGACCUGUAGGGGUACACCACAGCACUCUGGCUUGAAGCCUGAACCGACUGUUACCUUGGAUGACGAAGACCGCGUGGUGGUGGCUGUCCUGGCGCCCAGGGUGUCUGAUGGGACUCGUUGCAGGCCAGGGAGCUUGGAUAUGUGUAUUGAUGGAAGAUGCCAGCGAGUGGGUUGCGACCUCCGAGUGGGUUCGACGCGGCGUGUGGACGAAUGCGGCGUGUGCGGCGGCGACGGUUCCUCCUGCUCCCGACCGAGAUACCACUGGCUGUCCACGCCUGGCUCUUUGUGCUCUGCUACUUGCGGUGGAGGUUACAAAAUGUCAUUAGCAGUCUGUCGAGACAGGUUGACAGGGUUGGACGCGCCAGAACAACUCUGUGAUGGUUCCAGCAAGCCGUCAUCGUCUGUAGUACGAUGCAAUAUGCACCCGUGUCCUUUCAAGUGGUAUGUUGGUGAAUGGUCGUCCUGCAGCGUGACCUGCGGUGGAGGGGUUCGCACCCGGCGAGUGCUUUGCGCUAGAUCAGCUAACGUCACAAGGACUGAUACAUAUGACCCAGAAUCAAGUUCAGAACCAGGCUGCGUCUCUCCAGCUCCCAGAUCCACACAAGCGUGUAAUGAGCAAGAAUGCCCCAGUUGGAUGGCUGGCCCAUGGUCUGGGUGUUCAGUAUCCUGUGGCGAAGGGAUUCAAGUUAGAGGUGUGGAGUGCACACCUGGUGGCGGUGUGUGCGAUCCAAACACACGGCCGGAGAUAUCUCGAGCCUGUUCCACGGGUAUCAGCUGUCCAGCUUAUAGGGAAGCGGAGGACCCUGAGGAUGACAUAGAAGAGCUGUUACCAGGUGUGGUAUACCACACCCAGCCUCUGAUCCAGCCCUAUCCCCCACCACAAGCCAAAGCUGAACAGCUUAUAGGAGAACCAGACGUGCCUGUGGAAGCCACCAAUUUCAAAAUAUUCUUUGCGUGUGGCUGGUUGUAUGUAAGCUACAUCAAAGACGACGACUGGGGCCCUUGUAGCGUCACUUGCGGCGAAGGAUGGCGGAAAAAGGAGGUCCACUGCAAGAUCUUUCUAGAAUUCAGUAGAACAAUAGCUAAGCUGCCGGAUAGCAAGUGCAUGGGACCAAAACCAACGGAAGAAACCCAAAGAUGUGUCAUGGAGCCUUGCUCAAUGGCCUAUGGAACUUCGUUUGGUGAUUCCAGUGCACCAUCCUAUGGAGGAGACAGAUCGCUUGUAUUUGGUACAUCGAGCAAUAUAAGAGUCGCGCCUGGGUCGCCGGGGAAGUCUUAUUCCUGGAAGGAGAAGGGAUAUACAAGUUGUAGUGCCUCUUGUUUGAGUGGAGUACAGGAACUAAUCAUCCAAUGUGUAAGAGAUGAAGAUGGCAAAAACGCGUCACCAUACAUGUGCGACCCACUCACGAAGCCCGAAAACAGAGUCAGAACAUGCAACGACCACCCCUGUCCACCCAGAUGGAACUACACUGAAUUCUCGCAAUGCACCAAGUCCUGUGGUAUUGGGAUACAAACACGUGAAGUCACAUGUAUACAUGAGGUAACACGUGGUGGCACGAACACCGUGGUGGUACCGAACAGCAUGUGUCCCCAACCGCCGCCCCCAGACCGGCAGUACUGCAACGUGCUUGACUGUCCUGUGCGAUGGCACUCUGGGGAAUGGUCCAAGUGCUCCAAGACUUGUGGAGGCGGUGUGAAGCAGAGAGAGGUGAUAUGUAAACAAGUGAUGGCCCAAUCACACGUGGUAGAACGACCACCUUCCCAGUGCAAUUCUCCAAGGCCUGCGUCCACUAAAUCCUGUAACAGCAGACCAUGUCUAUUGGAUACAUCAGCACCGGAAAUUUCAUUGGCUAAUUCAUCAUAUAUACAGCAUGAUCCUAAGAAGAAAAAGGUGACUGUGAAAGUUGGUGGAUCAGCAACAAUAUUCUAUGGCACCCAAGUGAAGAUAAAGUGUCCAGUUAAAGGGUACAAUAGAACAAAAAUUCAAUGGGCAAAGGAUAGUCAGAUAAUUUCGAAGUCGAAGAAAUAUAAAAUUUCAAAAAAGGGAGCUCUUCGCAUAACAUCCCUAUCAUUACGCGACCACGGCGUCUAUACAUGCGUAGCUGGUAGGUCAAGCGCCAAUCUGACCUUACUGGUGAAACCACGACCAGGGGAGUUCCCAUCCAGUGAAGAAAUCGAGAGACACAAAGCUUUGGACGAACCGUCUUCCCCACUACAGGAUAGAGCCGAUGGGAGAUAUAGAGCAAUGAUUGGAGGCAGAUCGGAUGAUCAGUCCCACGAACAAAGGCCUGGCGACCAGAAAAAAAGCUAUAAGGGUAAACAGAAAGGUAAAGUGGAUAAAGUACGCGACGCAUUAUACGGAAGUGGCAGCACCAGCACGAAGCCAGCGCCUAGCUACAACUCGCAGGCGAGGGACAUCUAUGAUGAGAACGAGGAGAGUGCUAUAUCAUCUCAGAUGCUACCGCCCAAUAGAAACGGAGGCUCUCGUCUAUUGCCGUGCCUACAUUACCUUAUAAUGCAAAUACAGAUGUUCUGGAAUUUUCAGACGUUGGGAAACUCGAGGGGACAAAGAAUGGUUGAUCCGGUUAUCAUGUAUCAAAACUAUGGUACACCAACCAAAUCGGAAGUGAUUAAUCUAGACAACAAACAAAUCGUGUUCCCAGUGGACGAUGAUUCCGAUAUAAUUAUAGUUAAUGAAGAUUAUAAUCGGAAUACAAUUGAAGAAGAUUACGGUAAAACUCAAAAGGAUGCUGGAGAUAUAGUUGAAUCCACGACAGCAGUAGAAACAACUACACCCGCGGAUGCUCACGAAUAUGUCUGGAUGACUACAGAUUGGUCACCCUGCAAUGCUGCCUGUGGUCAAACAGGUCAUGAAGUCCGAGGGGCUGUAUGUCAACACAAGAAGAACAACAACACAGUGACAGUAGAAACAGAAGAAUGCCUGAAAAGGAUAGCAACACAGCCGACUGUAGUACGAGAGUGUGUUGGCAAGAAUUGUUCAAAAUGGAGGACCAAUCCUUGGUCUCCUGUCAGAUGCUUACCGACGGGAGCUGCAAUAGCCCGUCGUCGAGUGGAGUGCGUGGCAGAAAACGGAACUAUACUACCCGAAACUGGGUGCUCGUUCGCACACCGUCCGGAUAAAUCGCGCAAAGAGAAACAGAAAUGCAAACCUGUGUGGAUUGUGGGCCCUUGGAGUAAGUGUAUAGGCGACUGUGGUCAGAAAGGCAGGCAACACCGGGUGCUACGAUGUGUAUGGCGCUUCCCGGAUAUAAGAAGACGAGCUAAGAGGGAGAGAGCCGCGGCUCUCUGUAAUUCUAUGAGGCCAGACGUUACUAGGAACUGUGUACCAGCCUGUGUUAGAGAUGGGGUAUGCAAAGAUACGUCUCGAUACUGUGAAAACGUACGAGCUAUGAACAUGUGCGCCGUGAGACGCUACAAAGAGCACUGUUGCAAAACUUGCGACGAUUGAAUUUAAAUACUAACAGACUGUUAAUUUGUGUAAUUCCAAAUUCGAAAUGUGAGCUCAUUUAUUGUAUUCGAUAUAGUUUUUAAAUUUCGAACAUACGUGUGCGUUUAUGGUGAGUACUAUUCUACACCAAAGGCGGCAUUAUGGUAUAUCAUAAUAUAGUCUUUGUGCUGAAAGCGCUUUAUUUGGAAUUAAUAAAAUUAUAAGCUAAAAUUUAACAUUAUUUUUAAGCUAUUACCUGUGUUCAAAUAACUCUACUGUCUGUGUACAAGCAUAAUUUAUUUACUACUCUAGUAUUGUUUAUGGCCAGUGUUUGAUUAACGGAUUAGAUUUUAAAAAGUUUUCCCGGACAGAAUUAUUAUUUUUUUGAUCUGUCACUUGACUGCAUUUAAAUUUGACAGAUGUAUGUUUGCCGUGAAUGUUUUUAAGGUUUAGUUGGAACGUUGUUGUAUUUAUUCUGCCUGGGAAAACUGUUCUUUGGUAGUUUAAAUAAGAUCCCCAUACUGGAUGUGAGCACAAAAAACCGUAUAGCUCUAGUUGUGAAGCACGUAUGCUGAAGGAAUUCUGUGCGGAUGCUUUAAAGUUUCUUCAAAUAUAGAUAUGAUAUUUCAAAGAGCAGGUUUGCUUUUUUUCUUUAUGCCCAGUGCCUCGUUACCAUAAAGAAGAAAUGCGAUAAUAAUUCAUAUGUAUAUCAACACUUAACCGAUUUAUAUUUUAUUUACGUUAAUCAGAUUUCAAACUACUAUGACGCUCUGUUUUGAAAUAUCCUAUAUCGAAAUGUAAAUUGUUCCAAAUAUAGUUCGAUUAAUUAAAGUAUAAGUAGUAAACAAAAUAUUUAGAAAAAAAAAUGUUUUGUACUAUAUACCUAUUUAGUAUGUAAAUAUAAGCACUUAUGCUACGCUUAGUAUUAUAAUAAUAUAAAUUGCACAGAAGAUAUAGUUAUGCAAUAAAUGUAUAGAAAAUUUAGAAAAUUUGCCAAAUCGUAAGCGGCGUGUUUGAAAAAUACAGUCGCGUGGAGAUGUUCUCAUGUCAAUUUAGCAAAGUGUGUGUCGGGCGCGUGAGAGUAUAAUUUAGUGACAUGCCGACUCGAAGAAAACUAUUUAAAUUUUAGAAAUUCUGUGGGAUGUUUGUAAUGUUUGCUUUAUCGCGCUAAAUUUUGAUCUUUUUAUUCUUACAUAACUCAAUAAUCUACCAAAAAUAAAAUUAUCAUAUUAUUUACUUUGAUGCGACUUUGUGUUUAUAAUCGGUGAUAUAAAUUACUCGUAUAUGCUAUAAUAAAAAUUUGUUAAUUUUUGAUAGAUAAGUAAUUUUUUACAGUCCAAUGCAACAUUUAUCAGUUGUUUUGAAUGAAUCACUUUUUAUUGAUAAAUAACGUGAUAAGCCAAACUUUGCAAUAAAUCUACAUAAUUAUAUUAGAAAAUUAUAAAAUGUAUAUUGAUAUAAUGUAUACUUACUAAAUGAAGAAAGCAAUAUAGUCGCUUAUGUGUGUAAAUAAUUGUUUUCCUGUUCCAGGAAUGGGAUUAUGAUUUCUGUCCAUGUAGCUAGUGAAAUCAUUAAUCAUAGACAAAUCGGGUCAAGGUCAGUGUUUUUGAACCCUUCUGAAAUUUUCUCUUUUUUAUAUCUUUUUUUUAUUAUAAAUUAAAUUGAAAAUGAACUUAUUUAUAUAAAUACAGGACAGCUGUGAGUUAUUUGGAAGAUUUUGUGGUAAAUACUGAGUUUUUUGUAGACAUAAAUUUUAUCAUAUAUCUAUAUUGAAAAUGAAAUGUGCAGAUUUCAAAAAAAUAUUGUCAAAUGACAAUUGUUAUUAGACGUAUCAACAAUUCAAGUGUAAAAUAACUUGCUUAUAAAAAUUAAAAUCGUUUUAAUGAUUCAAAUAACUUUGGAGAAAACUUUUAAUUAAACAUCUACUUACUACAGAAGCCGGCUGUUUUUCAUAAUCUAUGAUUUAUCAUUUAUAUUUAAUAGAAAGGUUUUAAAACACUGAUUUACAGAAAUGCCAUAUUUAUUUCAAAAACAGAAUGUUUAAAAUCUUGUUCAAAAAGAACUUCCUCAAUUGAAUUUACUUCGAUUGAAUGAAUAAUACCAACGAUUUAACGUAAUAAAGAAUCAUACUGCUUAUUUUAGCAGUUCCGUAUUUAUACCAUAGACACAAAUUACUUUUCCGAUAUUAAAUUUGACGUUUGACAUUAAUAAUAAUGACAUAAACGUCAAAAUGCAAGCAUCUGUUAAAAUAGUGAUAUAAAUACUGGACAAAUUAUUUGAAUAUUAUUUACAGUGUUAUUGAGGAAAUAAACUUUUAUAAACCUAUUCGCAUCUAAUGAUAUCAAAUCGCAAUAAAGUACAAUUCAAUUCAGAUUCUAUGAAAUAAGCAAGAAGAGAUUAGAAUUGUACUGGGAGCUUAACGAAUAUGUCGCUUUGAAGACUUAACCACAAAUGCUCGAAUGAUAAUUUUGACAUGUCGAAAGAUAUCUCUAUCAGAACACAUCAGCAUAAAAGUGAUAAGGCAUGAUUUUUAAAACUCACACAGUAUCCUUCAUAGUUCCAUGCAAAUCCUAGGGCAAUGCUACCUAAAUCUGUUCUGAAUACUCGAAUGAAUACGACUCGUUAGCUCUUUGAGGGUUAACAAUUGUAAAAUAGCGUCAGCAACGAAACGUUUUUAAAUUCAUGAAAAUUAAUAAAUUCAAAUAGUAACUGCAUUAUAUAUUAUUAUCUUAAUAAAGUAUAAUAAUAAACUGGCAUUGUUAAGUGCUUUUGUUUCUGACGGUACACGUUGUUCUAAAUAUAUCUCUUUAUAACUGCCAAAAUAUAAAUCCUUAAUUUGUUAACCGUACUUCAUCGCUUCACGUGUGAAAGGGUACUUCUGUAUAGCUGUAUUGAAAUAUGAACCUUAUGUCUGUAUGAUAAAUUUUGAAAUCCUAUCAAAGUGGUAUAAUAUGUGGAAGAUUACAGUUGCGUUCUAUUACUCGUUCGUCAAAAAAUGAACAAAAUAUUCUGGUUUUUAUUGGAAAUAUGAUUGAUUGGAUGCGUAAUAUUUGCAUGCAAAAGUUGUUUUUUUAGAAUAAUCUAACCUAUAAAAUACGGCAUAUAAUUAUUUUUCAAUUUAAUGAAGUAAUAUUUUAUUGUAUAGGAAACAUUCCUGCCAUUUCUUGUUAUAAGGCAGUAAUUAUAAAUCCGAUUUCAAAAUAAACAUUGAAAAACAGGCUGAGUCUAAGAUAAGAAAUAUGUUCAUUAACAUUUUAUUAGCUUUUCCGUAGCGAAAACGUGGUUUGACACCGACAGUCUAUUAGCUCAAUAAUGGAAGUUACUUCGUUAUUAUUUUUUUUUUUUAGUAAAAUAAAAUAUCAAUAUAAAGUUGACGAAUUAUAAUCCUUUAUCAUAUUUCCUUAUACUGACGGCCUUACUGAAACAGAUAUAAAUUAUAUUUCAAUACACCUUAAAGUUUGCUGACCACUCUUUAUAAAUUUCAAAAUCACUUAUUCAGUUUUAUUAUUAAGUCCAGAACUGUAAAUUGUACCAAGAAUUUUCAAAUACGAAAAUAUAUGAAUAAGUUACGA